CCUCUAUUUUCAAUAUCACCUUUUCUUCCUCACAGGACCCAAUUGUGGGUGUGGAAACUUGUCUUAUUGCAUGCUUAAAAGCAGAGGGAAGAUGGAUAUUGCAAUGUUUAAGUAUUUCAUAAUAAGUACAUAGCACUUAAGAUUGAUUAAGUUGACUAGGAGCUUGCUACAUCAGUCGAGAGUUCUCCAGUUAACUGCUUUAAAAUGGAAAACAAGCAAGAAUCUAAGGUUCUCUUGAAGCUUUUGGUGGAUGAAAAGAAGGAUCAAGUUGUUGCAGCUGAAGCCAAAGUGGAUUUUAUGGACAUACUCGUUAGCGUUCUCACUUUACCACUGGGAACAAUAAUACGACUCAUUAAAGCAGAGGCUGGAGUUGUUGGUUGUAUGAAUAACUUGUACCAAAGUGUUGAAAACCUAAUAGUGGAAGAUCUUUUCAUAGAGCAUUGCAGAACCAUGUUGCUAAAUCCAAGAAAUCCCUAUCCAAAGUAUUGCAUGAGGUUGAAAGUGAACGUAGAUGAUUCAGGCUCUGAGAAGUAUUAUGAGUGUUCAGAUUGCUCAAAACGAUGCUAUUUCAUGAAUGUUGAGUGCCCAUGUAAUGGGAAGUUUAAUAAAGAAAAGUUCCUGAAAGACUUAGUUAUAAUAACUCGUCAUGACGAGUAUGUCUUUCUUAAAGGAGGGAUAUCAUUUCUAAUCUCUGACGAUUUACAAGUCAAGUGUGCUUCUCCAAGCUCUCUUGUUCAGAUGCUUUCUAAUGUUGGCCUGAGUGAUAUGAAUCAGAUUAAGGAGAUGCAUGUAGAAGUUGGCAAGAACGAGGUGAUUCGUCUGCUUGCUCGUUCAUUUAGCUCAAAGACUCCCUUGUCUGAUGUGUUUCUGCCCAAGCAAAAACAAAAAAGAGCAAGAGUAGAUACUAUCACAAUGUCUGAGUUUGGAAAUUUGUCGUCCAUUUCUGAAAAUGGAACCAAUAAUAACACCAAGAAAUUGGAGCUGAAGCUAACAGUAAGAAAGUCUACUAACAAGGUCUUGUGUGCUGAAGCAGGCAAUGAUUUUGUUGACUUUAUCUUCAACUUUUUGACCAUUCCUAUAGGAUCAAUUGAAGACGCUCUAAAAGGGAGUUCUGGGUUGGGAUGCAUAGAUAACUUCUAUAAAAGCGUGGAGGCUGUAGAUUCGAAAUGGUUCAAUGUGCCUCCAAAGAGGGAUAGUUACAGAAGUGAGGAGAAUCCUGUUGACAACUUUAAGACGAUAUUACUCAAGCCCGGUGUUGCCCCUUACCAUAUAUCUGAAUAUCAGCUGCUGCAGAUUUCUGAAGGGAAAUCAGAAAUUUAUGACUUGUAUGAUAUAAGGCGUUUUGUGAGGGGUAGUUAUAUUCGUAAUCACAAAAAGUUUGCAAAGGAACCGUCCCUUUUCUACGUUAUGGACAAUUUGGAAGUUAGACCUAUGUCUUCGACAUCAACUAUUUGCUUACUCCAAGAACUAAAUGUGCCAAUGAAUGACAUUGAAGAGCAACUGAUCAGUCUUGGAGAGUCGGAAGCAUUGAGCUUGCUAAAAGCCUCUUUAACAUCAUCAUCAUCAGCUUUGACAGAGGGCCUAAAUCACAAAUUGAAGAAGCAGAUAGAUGAAGAUGUGAAGUGUGACGCGAAGAAACAUUGUCGUGCUGGUUAGCGAACAUAUACUUGAACGACUCUCUUGUCUAGCUUUUUGUGUUUAGCCUCAAAACUUGGUCCCCUGUACAUCAAAGCCUUGAUGCAGAGUCUGAGUCUUUUCAGAUUGAAUUAGAUAUGGAUCACUUAUGUGUAGUUUAUUUAUUUUACCAGUUUUGGAUGUUUCCUCAAUAGAUGAUUAAUCCAUGAAGUUAAUUUUCUCCUA